AUGCACAGUCACCAACAUUUCACACGUUCCAAAACUAAAUCUAAUCAUCCUUCCAAAGAAUCCACAAUUUCAUCAUCAAUUAAUCAACUUCGUGAUUCAUUUUCGAUGGCAAGUUCUUUUACAAAAGCUGAAGAUUCAUCCCAAUCAUAUGGUGAUCAUAUACUGAAUCCUGAACUACACGCUCAUUUUGGUACACAACAUCAAACUACGGAACCAAAAUCAUCACCAUCUCAUCAUUUUUUGAAACCAUCACCGGCACGAUUUUCGCAUGAAUCUGGUCAAUUAUUACAAAAUGAAGUUAAUCGUCUGAAAGCUGAAUUACAGAUGUUGAAAUCUUCUUCUCAAUCAUUAAUCGAUCAAAUGAAUCCUUCGAAUUUUCAAUCAACCAUAUCAUGUCCAACGAAUGUUUCGACACAAUCGUCUACAAUCACUUCAACUAUUCCAUCGAUUCAAUAUGUUAUUAAUAUUGAUCCGUUACAACAAAUGAAAGAUUUUGUCAAACCAUUUUUCGGUAAUCCAGAGGAUGAUGCGUCUAAAUGGCUCGCUAGUAUUGAUCAUUUUUUUGAUAUCAUUCGUCUACCCGGUAAUAAGGAUGAACUAU